GGUGGGAACUGGGAACCUUGGUGUGCGAACAGUUCGCAUCUAUUACUGGGUUAGUUUGCGAUGUAUGAGGGCAGAGUUGGAUAAAGCGGUAGCCCACGGAGAACGGCUGCAAGGAGUCAGAUUUCAGUGUUCGAGGGCCUGGAAGACUUAGCAGCCUUUGUUUCAUUUGGAACUGCGGGCAGUCCAGGGAAAGCGAGAUUGACUGAGUGGGAGUGAUUGAAGGAUAGAGCGGGGCUCGAACUUCAACCACUAUCACAGUGGACUUACCAAGAUUGAAGAUGAUUUCAGGCCUCUCCCUGUGGUCCUUCGGAAUACAUCUCCUGUGGUACUGCCAGCUGACGAGUUCAUAUCAGCUUCUUGAUGAGCGGGGCUCCCAGGGCCAGUUGGACCUGACUGAACUGAUUGGAGUUCCCCUCCCCCCCUCGGUGUCCUUCGUCACAGGCUUCGAGGGCUACCCGGCCUACAGCUUCGGCCCCGAUGCCAACGUGGGUCGCCUCGCCAAGUCCUUCAUCCCCGAUCCCUUCUACCAUGACUUCGCCGUUACCGUCACCGCCAAGCCCACCACACGACGGGGCGGUAUCCUCUUUGCCGUCACCGAUGCCUACCAGCGGGUGGUGCACCUGGGCGUGGCGUUGAGCCCGGUCGAGGACGGUUCCCAGCGGGUUCUCCUCUAUUACACCGACCCAGGGGUGGGGAGGACCCAGGAGGCGGCGAGCUUCAAGCUGGGCGACCUGACAGGGAGGUGGGCACGAUUUACGCUUGCCGUGCAAGGGUCGGAGGUACGUCUCUACAUGGACUGCGAGGAGUACCACAGGGUGGCAUUCCAGAGGAGCCCUGAGCCCCUCACCUUCGAGGCCAGCUCGGGCAUCUUUGUGGGCAACGCAGGCGCAACGGGGCUGGACAGGUUUGUGGGUUCUAUUCAGCAGCUGGUUCUGAAGGGAGACCCCACAGCCCCAGACGACCAAUGUGAAGAGGAUGACCCGUAUGCAUCUGGCUAUGGGAGUGGAGAUGUCUCAGACGACACAGAAACUCUGGAUGAAGUGAAGAAGAUAGUGGAGGAGAGGGAGUACUCCAUGCCAGAAGAGCCAGGGAGCACCCCGGUGCGCGCCCCUCCCACCGAGGCAUCGCCCGGUGAUGAAGAGGAGGAUGUGGACGAGACCCCGGGCCAGGCUGUAGAGCUGACCGCUGAGAGAGGACAAAGUGGCAUAGCGGAGGCAGCCUUUAAACCAAGAAUUGGAAAGCCCAGUCAGAAAGGAGAACAAGGAGACCCAGGGCCUGUUGGCCCCCCAGGUAUCCCCGGGCUCCCAGGUCAAUACAGUGAAGGAGAGCCAGGACCCAGGGGCCCCCAGGGGCCUCCAGGACAAGCAGGAACACCUGGAGCACCCGGCAAAGACGGCCAGCCUGGCAAUCCAGGGAAAGAUGGCAAACGUGGGGAAACUGGAAUUCAGGGAUUCCCAGGCUUGCCAGGAGAUCCUGGUCCCAAAGGAGACAAGGGUGAUCCUGGAACGGGAAAACCUGGCCCCCCCGGACCUCCUGGACCACCGGGUCGACCCAGCUCCUCCAGAUACCUGAACGGUGUGGAUGGUUCAGGAUUCGAGGACUUUGACAGCGACACAGAGAUUAUAGCAGGCCGUCCUGGUCCCCCUGGUCCCCCAGGGCUGCCUGGGCCCCCGGGUCCCUCUGAGAGCCUUUUGGCCUUAGCCGGGGUUCCUGGGACGCCUGGAAAAGAUGGGAAGGAUGGAGAGAUUGGUAAACCUGGACCGCCGGGUGCUGAUGGUCAUGAUGGUGACCCCGGUCCAUCAGGCCAGAGAGGACAGAAGGGUGAGCCAGGUCUGAGCGGAUCUCCUGGAUCAAAGGGGGAGCCAGGCACAGCUGGGUUCCCGGGUCUGCCCGGCUCAGAGGGACAGGAGGGGCAGCCAGGGAUGAGGGGCCCACCAGGAUUACCAGGACCCCCAGGACCACCAGGGCGGGCCUAUGACUUUGACAUGGAGGACAUGGAGGGGUCAGGGACACUGGGUGACGGAGGGAUACAGAGACCAAGAACCCAGGGACCUAGUGGGACUCCAGGACCACCGGGUCCUAGCGGUAAAGACGGGCAGGACGGGCUUCCUGGUGUGGCAGUAAAGGGGGAGCCUGGUUCUCCUGGAGCGCCCGGGGCACCUGGGCCAAACGGUCUGCCUGGUCAAACGGGCCCGAAGGGAGAAAAGGGGGAUAUGGGACCUAAGGGAGAGAAAGGUCAGGAUGGCAGCAGCAUACGUGGCCUUCCAGGGCCCCCUGGGCUUCCAGGACCAGUGUUCAACCUCCAGGAUGUUUUAAUCAACAUCACAGAGGGGUUGUUUAACUUCUCAGGGCUGCUGGAAUCUCAGGUUCCGAGGGGGCCACAGGGGCCAAAGGGGGACUUGGGGAUUCCAGGGAUUAUGGGGACUCCAGGCCUAAAGGGCGAGAAGGGUGAGCCAGGGCUCAUGCUUGCUGCCAACUUGUCUAGACUGACAGGGCCACAGGGACCAAAAGGGAUCAAGGGUGACUGUGGUUUACCUGGACCUGCUGGAAUUAUGGGUCCAGUUGGGCCAGUAGGACCCAAGGGAGAGUACGGCUUCCCUGGCCGGCCCGGUCGUCCUGGAAUAACGGGGCCUAAAGGAGACAAGGGAGAGACCGUGUCGGGGCCCCCUGGCCCUCCCGGACCUCCUGGUCGUCCUGGAAUGUUCAACUGCCCCAAAGGAACAGUUUUUCCCAUCCCACCCAGACCGCGCUGCAAAAAGAACAUGAAUGAUUCUGACAACUCAACAAAUGGGGGCGGUAACUGUCUGACUGUGGGUAAAGGGGACAAGGGGGAGACGGGCUUCCCUGGGAUGCCAGCUCCACCAUUUGAUAAGCUUCCCAAAGGAACCAUGGCUGAUAAAGGUGGUCAGGGUCCCACAGGGGACAAGGGGGAGAAGGGGGAGGCUGGGGCACCUGGCCCUCCUGGAGUGCUCGGCACAAUGGGACUGGAGGGCCCCAAAGGUGAAACUGUGGCCGGGCCCCCUGGCCCCCCGGGCAGUCCAGGGCCUCCUGGCUCUCCUGGAUUUGGGAUGCAUGGCCCUCAAGGUCCUCAAGGCCCCCGAGGGCCUCCCGGAUCCCCCGGAGUACCCAUUCCAGUUGCAGCCAUCUCUGGACCACCAGGUCCUACUGGCCCAGCUGGACCUCCUGGGCUGUCUGCCGUGUUGAAGACGUUUCCUACCAGUGAACUCAUGAUGGAACAGACGAUGAACAGCAAUGCAGGGGACCUGAGCUUCAUUGACACAGGGACAGGCAAACUAUUCAUCCGUGUUCAACAGGGUUGGAAGGAAGUCCUGCUUGGUAACUUGAUCUACAAACCAAUCCCUAUCCCACUAGGGCAAAUGGCUACGCCAGGAACUGCCCGAAACUAUGGGCUUAGCCUGGUGGCUCUGAACCAGCCCCUGGCUGGGGACUUAACAGAACAUGAGCAAUACUUCAUAGUGGACAAGAUGUGCCGUGAUCACGCCACAAAGGCGGGCCUGCCUGCAUACUACCGGGCCUUCAUGUCCACAGCAGAAACCACCGUAAAAGACAUUGUCCCCGAGAAGUACAAAGGGUCCUAUCCUGUAACUAACCUCAAGGGCGACAUUUUAUUCAGCACCUACAAGUCCAUGUUCAUUGGGAGUGGAGCCAAAUUACCAGCUAACACCCCAGUCUACUCCUUUGAUGGACGGAAUGUAAUGACAGACCCUUCCUGGCCGACUAAGAGCAUCUGGCACGGCUCCACAAUUCUUGGCAACAGGAUGCUAAACAAUUCCUGUGACAUGUGGAGGGUAGAGGACCACUCUAGCGUGGGCCAGUCGUCCAGACUUCCCUAUAUUCUAGGACAGGAAACCCACAGCUGUAACACCCCGUUAAUUGUCCUCUGCAUCGAAACUGUAGAGCUGACUUAGUGGACCUUUGAACUUUGUCUGGACGUCCCCCUGGUUCCAUCAGCUCUCAUCUUGAACUUUGGAAAGUUGUAAAUAUAUGUAUUGCUUCAUGAACACAUCGUCACCCUCAUUGUCAUCAACAUUUUCUCCACGUUUGCCAUCCUCUCGCUUUUUGGUUGAAGGACUGCGAUGGAGCCGAGAUUCUCUCUAUGGAUAUUUACCUAGUUAGGAGGUCACCUUUUGGCUUUUAAUUACUGAAUGUGUUAAGAGGUAGUCCCAUAAGGUCAUUCUUUAAGAGAUGUUUACUCCUUCAGACAAGAAUCAAUAUCACAUUUUACAUAACAGCCAUAUUUCAUCAAGGGAACAACCAGUAUUGCUACCAAAGAUUUUUUUAUGCACUGUAUUCGAUUAUGUUUUUAUACUUGUUACUUCACAACCAUUAACAUUGUUUUUCUAUCUUUUUUUUAUACAUGCAGUGGUUUCUCAUUUGAGCAAUUUCCUUUUGUAUUUAAUUUAAAUGCAAUGUUUUAUUUAUACCGUGAUCGCACAUAAUGUGGAUAAAUCAAAUGAUUAAGAAUAAGUAUGUAAUUUAUGGUUUGUUUAUAAAAGUAAAUUUUCUUUGCCUCUAUUUGGAAAUUGGUAAUGUUUUGUACAGCAUUCUUUUUUGCAGUGUAAUUUUUAUUUUUAAUUUAACAGGUGCCUAGUUAUUUGGAAAAUAUUGCAAUGUUCACACAGGCAGCUCAACUGUGAUAUCGUUCAAAAUAACAAUUAGUGCUAAAAAUAUAAAAUUGUGCUGCCUGUGUAAAUGCGGCUGUUUUGACAUACAUAAAUUCCACAAAUCCUAUAGAAAUUCACCAGAUAAAUUGUACAACUCAUGGAAUUUUUUGACAACAGAAAUAUUACAGGUGAAAGUGUAUAAAAUCAUUAGUGCUUAUUGAUUAAAGAUGAUUUCUUUGCCU